AUUUUCCAUAAUAUGUUUGGCAUGGGAACAAAUAUGGCUGACUGGGGAAGCGAAAUCUCAAAAAAAUAUUUCGAAACUUGUUUAAAAGAAGCAAAGCAUUGAAAAAUAAAAAAGAAGAUCAAUAUGGCGACUCAAACAAACCGAGAUGGCCAAGCACCUGUAAAUCCAGAGCUUCAAGUUCUGAUGCAUGCUAUCAGUAGUUGUGCAGGUGUGGCAGUACAACAAAUUCUGAACCAAAACCCUGAUCUUGUAAAGGAAAAAGGAUGGCAUGGCCAAACAGUUUUGCACAGAGCAUGUUUAUCAGGAGAUUGUGCAAUGGUCAGGCUGCUACUUCAGUAUGGAGCAGACCCAAAUGCUACCAAUGACUUUUUAGAAACCCCAGUUCACUAUGCUAGCAAGAGAGGCAUUCCAUCUCUAGUUCAUAUUCUAUGUCAAGCUGGAGGAAAUCUAAAUGUUAAAGAUAAAAGUGGAAAAUCUCCAGUACAUAAUGCUGCCCAGACAGGAAGUGUGUAUAUGUUACAGUACUUUGAAGAGAAAGGUUUAGGAUUCCGAGAUUUGGAUGAAAAUUUACAGAGCCCUCUUCAUUGUGUGUGCUCAUUUGGUCAUCUUGAGGCAUUUAAAUAUCUCUUAAGAAAAGGGAGGAGUGACCCAAGACAAGCAGAUUCUAAAGGAGAUACCCCACUACAUAUUUGUGUGAGAGAAGGUUACGCACAUGGUAGCUGGCUCCUCAUUAAUUACCUUGGUCUAGCUUGUCUACAUGUAAAAAAUAACCUAGGUCAAACUCCUCUAGAUGUUCUUAAACAGUUUGAUGCCUCCAAAAAAUCUGGACAUACCCAACUGUUACCCCUUCUCACUGAGUUAACAAGCAAACCUCAGAAUUCCAAGAUACAAGGACCAACUCAGCUGUGGUACUUUCACCUACUGAUGCCCACUGUUGUUUACGCUUUUGCCAUAUUUGUUGCAGUAAACAUAUUCCCAAAUUACCAGGGCCUUGUCUUUGUUGUAGCAUUAGUAUAUAUUAUGAAGACUUGUAUGAAAGCUUCCCACAGGCUUAAUCAUGUUUCCAGAUGGGCCAAUCCGUUAUUUGCUGGAACAUUUUUUGCUGGCAUGUUGCAUACGAUGAUUGUUUACUAUUGGACUAUACCAGAGCAUCUGCCACACCAGAUAUUACUUUAUCUUUCCAUUAUUUUCAACAUACUACAGCUUUAUCUUUAUUACAAGUUGAUAGCUGCAGAUCCAGGAGUUGUAAGAACUGGAGAACUGAAUGAGAAGACUAGACAACCAAUCACCAUUAUUGAUCUCUGUGAUAAAAACUCCAGCAUGGAUCUCUUCUGUCAUGAGUGUGAGCAUGUGAGAUCCAAGGUUACGAAGCACUGUAAACUGUGUGAGAUUUGUUACUACAGAAUGGACCACCAUUGUUUAUUCUUAUUGAAAUGCGUUGCCUAUAACAACCAUGCUCGUUUUGUCUGGUUCCUCAUCGAAACGGGUUUCGUUAUGUCCAUGUUCUUAUUACAAACUUAUUUUUAUGUGACAUCCAAAUACCCGGGAAAACAGUAUUCCACAAUGCUUGUUGACAUGUUUUGGGAUGACUGCUGGAUUCUAAGUAUGGUGGUUAUGCAUAUAUUCAGUAUCAUCUGGGCUGUUAGUUUAAUAAAGUUUCAACUAGACAUAGUAGCUCGUGGUCAGACAACAUAUUUUCAGCAAAAAAUAAGCACACUGACCGCGGUAGAUAAACUAUUUAACAUUAUAUAUUUCUUGCAAGGUAAGGCUGCAUAUAGAACCGAUUUUGAGUUUGAAGACGAGCCCAAGAAUUAUCCAGUACAGAAACCGUAUCCGGUGCAACAAAAUUAUCCGGUACAAAAUGUUUAGAAUAUGAUCUUAAAUUUCUUCAUUCCUAAUUUUCAUUUUGAAUACUGCUUUGUAUGCUUAUCUGAAGUGUUCAGUAUUAGUAUAGAUAAUAUAUUUACCUGUAGGGUGUGAGUCCAAAAUCUAAGGACACAAAUUAUCAUCUACAUGUUCAUCUGCUUUAAUUAUGUCAAAUCAUCUGAUUGAAUUAUGUCAAAUGGAAUUUUUUGAAUUAUGUCAAAUUGAAUUUUUUUUUUAUAGUUUAUUACAAUUUUUGCAUUGUGUAUUACAUUCCUCACCUGCUUAAAUUGUAGAACUGUCCCCUUAAAGCAGCAUACCUCCAGAAUUAUGCUAAUUUUCAUGAAAAUUUAAAAAUGUAUUUAAAAGUAAAAUACUGUGAAGUGAACCAAGAUAUAGAGAAUACAUGGUUGAUGGAGAAGGUUUAUCUGGUGAGCAAGAAAGUGUCAAGCU